AUGGCUCUGAUUCCCGCAGCUGACCUCCAGUCCUUCAGGGAGCAUCUCCACAAGAGCACAAGGAUACUUGCGCUUUUGGGUGCUGGACUAUCUGCUUCUUCGGGCCUGCCCACUUUCAGAGGUGCUGGGGGCAUGUGGCGCGCCUUUGAUGCUACUGAACUCGCUACGCCUGAGGCAUUCGAGAAUGACCCGGGCCUGGUAUGGCAGUUUUACAGCUUCCGGAGACACAUGGCAGUCACCGCAAAGCCAAAUCGAGCGCAUUACGCACUGGCGGAGCUGGCCAGAAAGAAUAAAAACUUUGUCACAUUGAGUCAGAAUGUGGAUGGUCUAUCGCCCCGAGCAGAACACCCAUCAGAGCAAUUACAUCUUCUGCAUGGCUCUUUGUUUGAUAUAAAAUGCACAUCUUUCUAUUGCGACUACACGAGAAAGAACGAUUUCACAGACCCGAUUGUGCCCGCUCUCGCAAUCCCUACUGAAGCAGCUCACCCGGACCCUUCAAAGGACGACAGAACCGGCGAAGAAGCCACAAAGGCGCUGUAUGGAGCAAUGAACGCACGCAAAGAGGUAGACAUUGCCGACCCAAACGUACCCAUCCCAAAACUCGAUGCCAAAGACCUACCUCUAUGUCCGCAGUGCGGCGGCCUGCUUCGACCGGGUGUCGUUUGGUUUGGCGAAGCUCUACCCAAGGCUACGAUCAGUGCGGUCAAGGCGUGGGUCGCCGAGUCUCCUCAGAUAGACCUGAUUUUGGUCAUUGGCACAAGCUCUCAAGUAUACCCCGCGGCGGGAUACGUUGACGUUGCGCGAGAAAAGGGCGCGCGUGUCGCUGUAGUCAAUAUGGAUCGGAGCGACACUCCUGGCCGGGGUGGAGGAUUGAAACCGGGCGACUGGUUUUUUGAAGGCGAUGCUGGUGAGAUUGUGCCAGAACAAACGGCAAAAAUGGUGAACGAGGUCAACCCUCCAAAGGGCCCGUUGGCGUCACGAAGGCCCAACGAGCAGCCAAACCAAGCAAGCCCUGCGCCCGAGUUUGGCAAGCCCACCGCCAUGCAGCCACCAGGCCAAGCACCACUACCAUUCAACAUCCCAAAAAACAACCAGCCGCGUGUCGAGCAUCACCGUGUGCCUUCGAGCAAUCGCCCUACAGCCCCUAUCCAGAGACCACCGCAAUCACGAGAACCCUUUGACCCGUUCAAGCCGGUCGUCCCGUCCGCCUACACGAGCCAUCGCGCACCCCUUGGCCGCGACGACGAUGUUAUUGAGAUUCCGCGCCCGACGAACCACACAUGGUCCACACCAAAGGCUCCCCGCCAAAUCUUUUCGUCAAAGCCGUCUGGUGGCAUGAAGCAGUCGAGUUCCUCCAAGACUCUACAGAAUUUCAUCGACUUGACAAACGCUAGCAGCGGGCCUGGGCCCAAGCCAACUACGGGCGGGUCGCUUUCGUACCAGCGCGAGGAGUUUGGGUCGAUUGACGCUCACUCAUUUGUUGAUUCGGCGCAAGCUCAAGAGAAUAUUAAGGCAUUGCUUGAAGGUGCCUUUGAAGAUGAAGAAGAUAAAAAACCCAGGACUAGAGCUCGAAAGCAGAAGAUCGAGGCAGACAUCAACGAUUUGGCUAGCAAGCUUCAAAAUGUUUCUGUUGGUGAAAAUGCAGAAGAAAAGAACGAAGAUGAAGACCAGGAAGACGAAGAAGAGGAGGAAGAGGAGGACGACGGUACAAGAGAAGGCCUGAAGGUCAAAUUGCUACCACAUCAGAUCGAAGGCGUGGAUUGGAUGCGUGAUAAAGAGAAUGGCCUAAAGAAAACCAAAGGUGUUUUACCCAAAGGAGGUAUUCUUGCAGAUGACAUGGGUCUGGGAAAAACCGUCCAGUCCAUUGCCUUGAUUCUCACCAAUCCGAAAUCUGUCCACGAGGCAAAGGACGGAGAAAAGGCAGAAUCGAAGCGAAAGAUACCAGAGGGUGUCGACAAUGGCACACUCAUUGUUGCCCCGCUCGCUCUCAUCAAGCAGUGGGAGGCAGAAAUUGAGGGGAAGAUUGAGCGGUCACACAGACUCCGGGUAUGCGUGUACCAUGGACCCAGCAGAUCGAAAUAUAGCGACGAGCUGAAGGACUACGACGUUGUCAUCACAACCUACGGCACACUGAGUUCCGAGCAUGCUGCUGCUAGCGGCAAAGGCGGCGUUGGCUGCUUCGGCGUUCACUGGUAUCGGAUUAUUUUGGACGAGGCGCACACAAUCAAGAACAGAAAUGCAAAGGCCACACAGGCCGCUUGUGCUUUGGAUGCUCAAUACAGGUGGUGUCUUACAGGGACCCCGCUCCAAAACAACCUCGACGAACUGCAGAGCUUGAUUAAAUUUCUACGCAUCAAGCCAUAUGACGAUCUUGCCUCCUGGAGAGACCAAAUCACUCGCCCGUUGAACAAUGGACGCGGCGGUCUCGCCAUCAAACGCCUACAGGUUUAUUUGAAAGCCUUCAUGAAACGACGCACUAAGGAUGUCCUCAAACUAAACGCCAACUUCAAGUCUGGCGAAAAGUCUGGUGAUGGCGAGGGCAGCAAGAAGCCCUCAAACGGAUUCCAGAUUACCAAGCGUGAAGUCAUCAAGAUCGAGUCCGAUUUUACACCAGCAGAGCUCGAAUUCUACCAGCGGCUGGAGCAGCGAACGGAUAGACGUCUUUCUCAGAUGAUGGGCGGGUCAAGUCUCAAUUAUGCGAGUGCCUUGGUCAUGUUGCUGCGUCUCCGCCAGGCGUGCAACCACCCCGAGCUAGUCAACGGCGAUCUCGCGGAAGAUAGAGACGUGUUGAUGAACAAUCUUUCCAAACAGUCAAAAUCCUCCAAGGAAGACGACGUCGACAGCGUUGCAGAUCUCUUGGGCGGUCUUAGCGUUGUCAACAAGAAAUGCGACAUCUGCCAAGUAGACCUCACUCCGGCAGAAUUCCAGAGCGAGUCCAACAGAUGUGGUGAAUGCGCAGAUCUGGACGUUGAUCUAACCAAAAGCCUAAAGAAGCACAAGAAGAAAUCCAAGAGCAAGUCGAACAAGCAAGUCGAACAGAAAGCUAAAGCUUCAUCUGCUCGUCGCAACUCUGAAGCUCGGAAAGAUCGUGCCAGGAGAAACAGAAGGGUGAUAGAUGACAGCGACGACGAAGAGGAAGAAGAUGGAGAAUGGGUCGUCCCCAAGAGUCAGAGGACAUCCACAGACCUCGGGAAAGCUGGAGGCUCUGAUGACGAGGAUGCCGAAGGCGGAGGCGAAUGGAUUAGAUCCGAGGACUCGGAUACCGAGAACGAAGCGAACGAAGUCAUUAGCAUUUCUAGCUCACAUGACUCGGACUCGGGCGAAGAGGAAGACGAAGACGAAGAGGACGAGGAGGACAUUAGCGAUGAUGAUUAUGGCGACGGAAACCAACUCCUCCCCUCAACCAAGGUCCAAGCACUCAUGAAAAUCCUCAAACGCGAGGCCCCCGAAUUCAAAUUCAUUGUGUUCUCGGUCUUUACCACCAUGCUCGACAAGAUUGAGCCGUUCUUGAAGCGGGCAAAUCUGGGCUAUGCUCGUUAUGACGGCAGCAUGCGAAACGAUCUUCGAGAGGCCAGUCUCGAGCAAUUGCGGAGCCGGCCAAGCACGCGAAUUUUGCUGUGCAGUUUGCGGGCUGGGGCGCUGGGUCUCAACCUGACUGCCGCCAGCCGCGUGGUUAUUUUGGAACCGUUCUGGAAUCCGUUUGUAGAAGAACAGGCGAUAGAUCGGGUGCACCGACUGAACCAAACCCUCGACGUCAAAAUCUACAAGAUGACCGUCAAGGAUACCGUGGAAGCACGAAUCCUGGCUCUCCAAGAACGAAAACGAGAACUGGCCAACGCGGCAAUUGAAGGCAAGACGGCGGCAGGCAAGCUCACCAUGCGCGACAUGAUGGCGCUGUUCGGCCGCGAGGCGGAAGCCCGGUUCGAGCAUGAGCGCGACGCUCCUGAUCUCAGCCAGAAGACGAGGUUGCUCGCCUCAAAGGAUGAGACGGACCUAGAUUCGCAUGGUGGGGAUGGCUGGUCGAUGCCAUCGAGCCAGUCGAGCUCGCAGGGCCGCAAGCAAGGCCCGGAUAGCAGCCGUGGGGAAGACUCGGUGUAUGGAAGACGGUGGUGA